AUGGAGGCAGAGGAGAACCACUACAUCGUGCAGCUGCGAGCAGUCUACAGCAGCUGCGACACGACAGGCACAGGCUUCCUGGACCGGGACGAGCUGACCCAACUCUGCCGGAAGCUUCAGCUGGAAAAGCAGCUGCCUCUGCUCCUGCAGACGUUCUUUGGCAGUGACCCCUUCGCCAGGGUGAACUUCGAGGAGUUUAAGGCGGGCUUUGUGGCCGUGCUGGCGUCAGGGGCUGGUGCCGACCCUUCGGACGAAGAGGGCAGCUCUGUAGAAUCAGCAGCUGACACUGCUGUCCCUCCGAAGUACAUGAACGGCUCUAAAUGGUACGGCCGCCGGAGCCAGCCCGAGCUCUGGGACCCUGUGACAGACGCCAAAUGUGUACCUGAACCGCAGGCCAAGGGCAACUUGAAGAGCCAGCUCCAGCGUUCUGCCUCUCUGGAAAGCGUGGAGAGCAUCAAGUCAGAUGAAGACACGGAGAGUGCUCAGGAGCCUCGGAAUGAGCUGCUUGAAGCACGAGGCCACCUGGAAGCCUGGGGUUCCGAGAUUUUGGGGAGCUCUCAGAAAUCCUGCAGCCCCUCCUUGGACAGCCCUGAAAGCCAGGUGCGAGCCAUCUGGGACAAGCUGGGUGUGGGCAGCAGUGGCCACUUGAGCCGGCAGGAGCUGGCUGUGGUCUGCCAGAGCAUUGGUCUCCGAACGCUGGACACAGAGGAGCUGGAAGACUUGUUUAACAAACUGGAUCGAGACGGAGAUGGCCGCGUGAGCCUGGAGGAGUUCCAGCUUGGCUUGUUCAGUCAUGUUCCCCCAUCACUGACAGAAACUUGCAAUGUGGUCGAAGCAAGCAGGCCCUGGUGCCAUUGCCAGGCCCCUGAGGAGAGCAGCUGCCACACCCCUACAGCCUCAUCUCUUGUGUCUGUGGCCUCCGGCCUGCUCCUCUUCUCCAGCAUUGAUGACGGAACCGGCUCAGCCUUCCCAGAGCAGAUCAUCGCCACGCUGGCCCAGGAGGGGAUUCACAAUGGCAGGGAGAUCUUGCAGAGCCUGGACUUCCGUGUGGAUGAGAAGGUGAACCUUCUGGAGCUGAGUUGGGCCCUCGACAACGAGCUGCUGACCAUUGAUGGGGAUGCCCAGCAGGCAGCCCUGGCCUGCUACCGGCAGGAGUUAAGCUACCUCCAAGGACAAAUGGAGCAGCUGGUGCAGGAGCGAGACAAGGCAAGGCAGGACCUGGACAGAGCCGAGAAGAGGAACCUGGAGUUUGUGAAAGAGAUGGACGACUGCCACUCCACACUGGAGCAGCUCACGGAGAAGAAAAUCAAGCACCUGGAGCAGGGGUACCUGGAGAGGCUGAACCUCCUGCGGUCAGAGGUGGAGAUGGAGCGUGAACUGCUCUGGGAACAGGCCCACAAGCAGAAGGCCACGCUGGAGCAAGACGUGGCCCGCCUGCUGGCGGAAGAGGCCCGCCUGCGCCAGAAGCUGAACCUGGCCCUGAAGGAGAACAGCCGAUUGCAGAAAGAGAUUGUGGAAGUGGUGGUGAAGCUUUCGGAUUCCGAGAAGGAGGCCCUGAAGCUGCAAAGUGACCUGGAGCUGGUGCUGAGGGAAAAGCUGGAGCCACAGAGCAUGGAGCUGCUGGUCCAGGAGGAGCGCUUCGCAGCCGUCCUAAAGGAGUGUGAGCUCAAAUGUCGGGACCUUCAGGACCGUAAUGACGAGCUGCAGGCUGAGCUGGAAGGCCUGCGGGCACGGCUGCCCGAGAGUCAGCACAGCCCUGCCCAGGGCCCUGGCGGACACCGACGGCAGCUCCCUGGUCGUGGCCCAGCAGGCAUCCUGUUUGUGGGUGAGUCCACUCCGAUGAGUAUAGAAACAGAGAUCAUGAUGGAGCAGGUGAAGGAGCACUACCAAGACCUCAGCAUCCAGCUGGAGACCAAGGUCAACUACUAUGAGAGGGAAGUGGAGACCAUGAAGAGGAACUUCGAGAAGGAGAGGAAAGAGGUGGAGCUGGCGCACCAGCAGGAGAUCAGCGUGUUGGAGGAGCAGAGGGCCGACCUGGAGGCGCUGCAGGCCAAGGCGCAGGAGGUCAUCCAGGGCCUGCAGGAGCAGCUGCGGGACGUGGCCCGCACCCCUGAGCCCACACAGGCGGGGCUGGGGCAGUGCUGCGCCCAGGCGCUCUCGGGCCUGGCCCUGCGCCUGGAGGAGGAGCUGCGCCUGAGGCACCAGGACCAGCUGCAACAGAUGAGAAUCGAGUUUCAGAGGCUGUCUGAAGAAAACGUGUUAUUGAGGAAGGAGCUGGGAAGGGUUCGGCAGGAGCUCGAAGCUGCCGAGAACGCAAGUGGCGUGUACAGGAAGGAAAUAGGAGUUCUGAAGAGAGACAAGGAGAAGGCCUGCGCUGCAGUGGAGGAGCUGAGCAAACAGGGUCAGAAAUAUGAGGAUGAACUCUCCCAGCUCCACAACAGGGUCCUGCAGCUGGAGGAGGGUGCUUCUGGCCACCACACCUGGAGGGACAAGAACCACGUCACUGUCACAUUGCUGACUCGAGGGCUGGAGGAGGCAGGGGAGCGCGAGGGGCAGCAGGGUGAACAGAUCCAAAAACUUGAGGUUGAACUUGAACGCAUGAAUCAGGAGUGUCAGCACCAUCGGAGACUGUCACCAUCGGAGCUGGAAGAAAGUCAGCCACAGGAGGAACGGGAGAGGCAGUUGGAAGCCGCGGCAGAGCGGGUGCGAGAGGUGGAGACGCGCCUGCGCAAUGUGGAGCUGCUCUUGCAGGACAAAGUGCAGGAGCUGACGCAGCAGCUGGAAAGGAACGCGAGGUCCGACCUGCUGCUCAAGGAGCUCUAUGUGGAGAACGCGCACCUCGUGAAGGCCCUGCAGGUGACCGAGGAGCAGCAGCGGAGGGCCGAGAGGAGGAGCCGAGGCCUGGAGGAGAAGGUCCGAGCCCUCAACAGUCUUGUCAACCGCAUGGCUCCCGCUGCCCUCUCUGUGUGAGCGCAGACCCGUCCCUCGCACACAGGUGGAAGUCGCUUCCAGGAGUGAGCCUGCGUAUUCUCCCACACUCCAGCCAGGCAUCCGCGCACACCUUAGGGCCAGGAUGGUCUGUGAGAUGAUCAAGCAGGUGCGCUGGAGCAGUUCGCGUUGCACCUGCACUGGGAGUUCUUGGAGUUGCAGCCACACCCCUGGAGUGGUGAAGGGAUCCCUGGGCAGGUGGACCUCAGGUGUGUGGGCUCAGGGAAGCCAUAUUUAUUGCAAAUGAAAGGGUCACUGCAAGUUUGUACUCUAUGAGGAACAAUUUUAUAUAUAUAUAUAUGUUUAUAUAAAAUAUGUAUAGUUUUAUAUCUGAAAUAUAUAUAAAUUAUGCU